AUGUUGGGUCUGCAUCGCAUCUCCCAGCUGUCGGAGCUCCGUCAACUCGUCAUCUUGUGGAACCGGGUUCAACAAGUCAAUUUAUCGCCGGAGACGGAGGAUUCCAUUGCUUGGCUCUGGAAUGACUCCAAAAUAUACUCAGCCACCACCGCCUACCAUUGCCAGUUCGCUGGUUCCUUCACCACCAUGCACUUUGAGAAGCUCUGGUCGGCCAAGGUUGAGCCCAAGUGCCUUUUCUUCAUGUGGGUAUGGUUGCGAGGUAGAAUUUUCACCAACAACAAUCUGGAGACAAGGGGGAUUCCGCAUUCUGAAAAAUGCAACCUCUGCGACCAGCAGGAUGAGACACCUCUUCACCUUAUCCUCCAAUGCCCCUUUGCCCGAGCCGUCUGGUUCCUUGUGGCUACUGAGCUGGGCACCCCAUCCCUAUUUGCUGUGGCCCAGCAAGCAUCCUCCGUCGCUGUUUGGUGGAAUGAUUUCGCCUCCAGCCUAGGCAAGAAGGCAAAAAGUGUAGCCAUCUACACCGCGUGGAACAUAUGGAAGGAGAGGAAUCGCCGGGUCUUCGAUCACAAGUUUGUGCAAGAGUCUUCUAUUCUACAACUUAUCAAACAGGACAUUCUAUAG